UGGCUCCGCCUUCGGUUAUAAACAUUGACUGACGCCUCUGUUUCCCUGGUGGCUAUUGCUAAGGCUCUGGCUGUUACUGGGGAACUACCUCCCUCCCGAGAUUUAGAUUAUUUGUUUUUCAGAAAGUUUUUUUUCGCGGCGGGGCUGCUCGCUUCAUUGGGCUGGCGCCGCCGUUGUAUUUUCGGGAUCUGUGAGGAUCUCUGUUAACUCAAAACCAACACCGGACCGGGACUCGGCGUUUCAGCUUUCACAGUCAACAGGGGGCCGUGCUAGAAUUGCAGACCUGUGGGACGAAGGAAUGGAAGAGGGUAGCUGGAAAUUUUGGGGAACAGAAUCUCCAGAGUCAUGAAGGAGCUGGAGGGAGAGUCGAGGAUUUGUCACCAGCUCACGGUGGCUGUUCGAAUCCGCCCCAUUAAUGAAUCAGAAAUUGAUGAAGGAGCCACCAGCAUAGCACACAAAGUCGAUGAUCAGAUGGUUGUUUUGAUGGACCCAACUGAAGAUCCAGAUGACAUCUUGCGUGCUAAUAGGUCCCGUGAACGAACAUUUAUGUUUGAUGUGGUGUUUGAUCACACAUCCACCCAGGAGGAUGUUUAUUUGGCCACUACUAAGGACCUGAUUAACAGUGUCAUUUCUGGAUAUAAUGCAACAGUAUUUGCAUACGGACCUACAGGAGCUGGCAAGACCUACACAAUGCUGGGGAUGGACUGUAAACCAGGAAUCUAUGUCCAAACUCUCAAUGAUCUUUUCAAGGCCAUCGAUGCUACAAGUGAAAACAUGGACUAUAAUGUUUCCAUGUCAUACUUGGAGAUAUACAAUGAGAUGAUCCGUGAUCUCUUGAACCCUUCCUCAGGAUUUCUGGAUUUGCGAGAAGAUUCCAAAGGGGGGAUCCAGAUUGCUGGAAUCACAGAAUUCUCAACCAGUAAUGCUAUGGAGAUCAUGCAGUUGCUUACAAAAGGCAACAGACAACGAACGCAAGAACCGACAGCUGCCAAUAAAACCUCAUCCCGCUCCCACGCAGUGCUGCAGGUUAUUGUUAAACAAAAGAGUCGGCUAAAAAACAUUACAGAAGAGAUCCGAGUUGGCCGUCUCUUUAUGAUUGACCUUGCUGGUUCUGAGAGAGCAUCUCAGACUCAGAACACAGGCAAGAGAAUGAAGGAAGGAGCCCAUAUUAAUCGGUCCUUGCUGGCUCUGGGCAAUUGUAUCAAUGCACUGAGUGAAAAAGGAGCAAAUCGAUCCCAAUAUGUCAACUACAGAGACAGCAAACUGACCCGGCUUCUGAAGGACUCUCUGGGUGGAAACAGCAGAACAGUCAUGAUUGCUCACAUCAGUCCUGCCAGUGCUUCGUUUGAGGAGUCCAGGAAUACCCUGAUGUAUGCCGACCGUGCAAAGAACAUUAAAACAAGGGUGAAACGAAACCUGCUCAACAUCACGUACCACAUUACGCAGUACACCAACAUCAUAGCUGAUCUGAGGAAGGAGAUUGAGCAGCUGAAGUUGAAGAUUGGUGAACAGGGUCCAGAACGAAAAAAACCUGAGAAAGCGAAUAUAAGAGACAUCCAAGCUGAGGUACAACAACAUUCAGUGCAAUACAAUCGAGGGGAGCUGGACCGACUGAGGGACCAAUUAAUGAUUGCAUUUCGGCAACAGAUGGAGAUCCGUCGCAGCCUCGUGGAGCUUGAAAACACCAACAUGGAACUUCACAUUGAUACUUCCAGACAUUUACUAACCAUAGCUGAUUGGGAAAGGGAAAAAGCAAAACUUGCUAGGAAGUGGUGGGAAGAAAAAUGGAGUGAGAAAGACAAUAAAGAGCAAGAUGAUGAUGAGAGGGAAGUUGCAGCAGCAGAUGAGCUGGAUAUGACUGAACCACUGGAGGUUGCUGUGGCACGAGAGGAAAUUGGCAUGCUCCAAACUGAGCAAAGAAAAACAGCAGCACUCAAGUGUGAGUUGGAACAGAAGUUGGUCGACACAAAAGCCAAAGUCUCAAAGUUGGAGGACUUGCUGCCAAAGUGGAUUAAUAACAAGGAUCAAAAAGAGAUAAUGAGUUUGCUCUGUAGAGUUCAUGAGCUGGAGGUGGAGAACACAGAAAUCCGAUCUGUUACGCUGCGGAAAGAGAACAUCAUGCAACAAAAAGACUUUGUCAUCGAGCAUUAUGAGCAACAUCGAGCCCUCUGCGAUGAGAUCAUACACCAGCAACGACAACUGAUAGAGGAUCACAACAUCCAAAUUCCACAACAACUGCACAACCUCUACACCAUGUAUUGGCAAGAGAUGGAGGAGGGCACACUAGACAGCCUGAUCAGCCUCCACAAAAUCACCUCCAACACAUUGAGGGACUGUACUCUUCUGAAUGUUGCCCGACAGCUGAACCUAGAAGAUUAUGUGUUGGCGCUGGAAGGAAGUAAAGAGGAUAUAAGACCAAGGACAGUUCAUGAGAACAGGAAACUGCUUCAUGCUCGCGUCAAAGACUCUCUGCCUCCAAUACUCCCUGAUCAUGACAGUGAUACCAGUAAGGUAUUUAAAGCCACUGCUCAGUCAAGGUACAUGAAACCGUUGUCAACUCUAACCCCACCUCCCAUCCGUCUAGCUGGACCUCUGUUGUUGCAGCUUCCCAAGCUCAGACCAAACUUCUCACGGCCUCACAAUCUCAAAAGCAUUUCUGACCACAGGUUUUCUGUUGCUCCGCGCCUUUUCCAGAAUUCCAACCUCAAUCUGCAGCCAAAGGUUAUACCUGCGACAAUUGCCAAUCUUCCAAAUGUCAAUGUGCCUCCUGCAACAAAGAUCAAAUUCCCGCUCAACUAUCAUUCAGAUGAAAGCCAGUUACAAAAGAUAGAAGUCGGUAACACCACCCCAAGUACCAUUCACCAGAAAAACGCAGAGGGGAGCAAGGGGCUGAUCUUGCACAAGCGAGUUAGAGGACCAGGUGAUGGUGCCAACACACAGCAGCUCCGAGCACAUCUUGGAAACUUCAAAAAGGCAAAUAAUUUGCCUGUAAGGACCCAGAGAGUGACUGGCACUAACCCACACAUCAGACCAGAUGGUAAAUACAGGAAAUGACCGCAUGUAAAAAUCAUUUGGAUGAUAUGAAUGGUGGAUUUGUGAAGUACGACAGAAUUGAGAAUAACCUGUAAAGAACAUCAUUCAAGAUAACAACCUUCCCCAACCGAAUUACUGACCUGUAAGAGAAUAAGAAUUUUAUACAUUUUUUCUUUCUUAAGAACUAACCAGCAGAAACUAAAGUGAUUGGUUAUUUUAGACAAUAAUACUGCUCCCAGGCACCUAGUCAAGUGAAAAUCUUGCAUCGUUUUGUGCUUGUCUAGAGACGGUAAGUGAGGAUUGUACAAGGUGUGUGAUCUCUAAAGCAGUAAAAGUGCAAAUAUUUAAAGUACUGCAGAGGGUUGAUAGCCAGCUCAUUAAGUAAGGAACGCCAUUGGCAGCUUUCACAAUCUGCAUUAUUGUAUCAUAUGACUACCAACAAAAUAUUUUGUAAAU